AUGCUCGGUGCAGCCGACGAGACCUUUGUAAAUCAUGCCCAUUCUCUCAUGUUGACAUUGAAUGUAUAUUGGUUUAAGCUGUUUGAAGGCCGGACUUAUACAGGCAGUGCUUUGUAUUUACUUAACAGCAAUUUCCCCAAGGAAGACCAAAUGAAACCAGAAAAUAUUAUCCUCGUUGAUGUCAUGUCUGACUGUUAUGGUGGUAAAGCUGUGAAGACUAUCAAGUUCCCUAAUGGUACUACUGUCUAUACUGCUAUCAUGUAUGUCGCUUCCGAGAUACCUGCUGCUAGAAAUACUGCCGGAUUCACAGAACAUGGCAUGUAA